CCAUGUAUAAUAAUUUGAAUACCUAUAAAAAUAAAAAUUUAUCCCUUGAGAAGUCUUUAUCGUUCCAUAAGGAAUUAUUAGAGGACGCGGACAUAGACCUAAAUGAUGGAGGAUCCUUGGUUCUAAAUAAUGAAAAACUAAAAGCUCACUCAAGAAUCGUUCUUCAAAAUUCAAAGCAGCAAAAUAAACACACAUACAAGCGAUAUUUUCAUUAUCACGGAAGAUUUUGGGACAAAGUAACGGUUGCUUUUGACCGAAAAUUUGUGCUGGACAAGGUAGAUUUUAAGAAGGAGGAUCAAGAAUAUAUUUUAAAAUUAGAGAAUAUUUUGAAUGAUGUUAAAAUAACCGUUGUAGAAUUUGAACUACUAUUAAGAAUGAAAAUGUCAGGUAAUAACGAAUUUCAUCAAGGUGAUGUGCAAACUCUGGAUCAAGCAAGAAGAUCUCUUGAAACAACAUUUCCAAAUGAGUUAG